UUUUUCUUUUGACUGACACUAGACGUCAUUAUGGAAAUACACAGUCACAGGUCGAACACCCGUAUUUGUUUCUAUAGGUAUUUAGUGUCAGAUACCGUUUUCAAAUGAGUACCACUCCAUGCGUAUGAUGGCGGAAUUUUGUCUUUCGUGACUCGACGACCUAAGACUGGUGAGGUUUAAUAUAUUUUGUUUGGUCUGUGUUACUGUGUUAGCUAGCAGCGGUACUAUGUGUAAGCGAAGCUAGCGGCUAGUUGCUGAUGUUGAAACACAUGAUUUUGUGUAGAUGUAAGUCAUUACUUUUUCGUUUCAAUUAGAAGUGAAGGUUUUCACUUAACAAACUAAGACAAUCAUCAGAAGUCCGAAUUAGGUGCAGUGUUAUAUUCAUUUCAUGUCAUUUCCAUCACUUUGUGUGUACCACUGUUUCUUUCUUCAUGCAUACAUCUGUUUUUGUUGUUUUUGUUGUUGUCUGUCACCAGGUGCAUUAAGAGGAAAAGCGUAUCUCUAGUGCUUAGUGGAUGGCACACUCUUGUGACCUGAAAAAAUGAACUAUUUCUGGGCUCCCCAUACCUGGGCGAAAGUAAACAGAGCGUUUCAUCUGUGGCAGAUUUACACUCGCAGGUCAGCGGCAUCACUUUCCUUGUGUGGUACCUCUCACUGCAGGGUUCAUUCACUGCAAACUCACUGUUACAAGCUCGGUUACAUCAACUGGAGACACAUCCACCACCUGAGGAUCACCGGGCGUAAAGGAUGGAUCUUUAAAGCCAGACAGAGGCGUGGACUCCACACCAGCUCCCCAUAUUUGAACACUUCAGCUUCACGUUGGUCUGCAGGUUUGAGCCAACACAUGUCGCGGGUCAGGAACACACUGGACACAGUUUCUAAAGCUGUGAGUGGAACACAUACAGAACUUUUCUCCAAGAUCGCCAGACUCAAGCCGAAUGCUUUCAAAGCUGGGAAAAAGGCUGAGGCGAGUAAUGGGUCAAUGCAACAAGCAGAGGAGAUGUCAGCUCCUGCUAUUGCUUCUCCUGAUGCUGCCGCCCCUUCUCCAUCUGUUACACCCACACCUGUGUGUAAUGUAUCUCCUGCUAGUACUGCUGCUACCACUACUGCAAGUGCCACUACCUCGACUCUUCCACUCAAUUCUACCCAAGCAAAUAUUGCUGCCGCAGUUCUGGCUGAGCGUGAAGUCAAGGAGAAACGACUAAGACGUGUCAUUCCGGCUGUCAAAGUCAGUGCUGCCAAGAAGCAAGAGGAGCUGAAACCUCCUCACAAGGAUUCUGAGGCCAAGAGCCCAAAUCCUAAACAAAACACAGCACUUUUCCAUCCGAGCACCUUCUCAGUCAGCCUGGAUGAGACGUACAACUACCUAGCCAAUCACAUUAACUCCUACUUUGGUACGAAGAGCGAGGACAAGAAAGAAGACAAUGCUGGCAACUCCGCUGUAUCCUCUCAGGAUAAACAAACCACAGGCCUUAUGCCCAUGUCUGAAAAAUUGGACGCUGUUACUCCAAUUACUCCACCCUCUCCCAGAAAAGGUUUUGGACACUACCUGUCCUACUCUGCUCCAACUGUCCAAGCUUUUGUAGGAAGUUACAUUGCUCCCCUGGUGCCCAAGUUCAGGUCAGUUGAGUCCAAAAGUGCAGCAGUGGAGGAGAGAAAACCUGAGGAUUCACAGGUCAAAAAGGUUGAAGCCACAAUAAGUAAAGAGCAGAAGGCUGCGGAGGAGAAAGCCAAGAAACUACUGCUUCAAAGAGAGAAGGUGGGUUUGUAUAAAACCACUAUUUCAUUUGUGUUUAUAACUGAUAUCAGAAUUUUUUUAAAUCAUAAUUUCCAAAAUAACUUGUGGUCUAAUAAAUGUAGUUAUGUAUAUGCAACCUAAAUUUUAACAGCAUUUCUCAAACAUGUUUUCCUUGUUAUAAAAGCACAGUAUAUACAGUAACAAAUAGUUGUCGGGGGCCCGCUGUCCUCAUGUUUACAAAAGCUCUUGUUAUUCUAUAUGUCUCAUGGUAGCGAACUGUGCUGAUGCGCUGACUGAGUUCUAGGAAUCUAUUUUUAAAAAUAACUGGGUUGCGGGCUAGGAGGGCCACAGAAGGUGUGCACCAUUUAGACUGAGCUAGUGUUUCAGUUUGUGAAAUAAUAACAAAAUGUAAAUGUCUUUACUUAACCUUACUUUGGAUUAAGUGAUUUAUAAAUGUAAUUCACAAAAACAUUUGAUAGUUGGCUGACAGCAGUGACAACACAUACAAGUUUCUUAUGUAUAUGACAGAGAGUGAGCUGAUGUGAUUAACACGAGGUUUCCCGUUUGCUUUCGCUCUGAUUUAAUCCACCUAAGGAAGAAAUGUAGUUUGAAGUACUUACAGUAUGCCUGUUGACUGUGAUUACAUUUGCUAAGUUAUAACCUUGUCAUCUAUCGAUGAUUUAAUCACAGAGUAAAAGAAGUUGGUAUUUUACAUGAGUGAGUUUUACAACCUUUUAUGAGGAGUGGUGGGUUUUUAAAUGUGGGUGUCCGGCCCAUGGAACUGAAAUUCAGGUCAUACUAGGGACUGUAUCUCUAUAACAUGCUUAUGACACAUUUAUGAAUGUUUUCAACUAAUUGCUCCAAUUUCUGGUCCCUUUAAUUUCAAGAAAAUAAAUGAAACUGUAUUCAGAGCAUCAAAUAGUCAAUGCGUUGCUCAUGCUGUACAGAAGCCAUAUAUCAAGUCAGGUUUUAACUAGGAUUCCAGCUAAUGUGUAACAGCUUGACUAACUCAUUUGUUCCUCAUACAUUUCUUAGAUCAUUGCAAGGGUGAGCGUGGACAAUCGAACCCGGGCUCUGGUUCAGGGUCUCCAUAGAGCAUCGGAUGUGAGGGUCUACAUCAACAGAGUAGAAGACCUCAGCUAUCAUCUCUUGGAGUUUCCAGAGACUGCUGGGGUUGCUGUCAAGGUGAGAAACCUGUACCGUUUUUACCCAGAAUGCUUUCAUGCUGGAGCCUUGUCGAAUGCCGCUUAGCAUAUUAAGAGCACCACCUCUGAUAUUCCCCAGCACAUGGUGUCCAGACAGCAUAGCUUUUUGCAUACAUAAUCAUGUUAUAUCUGGUGUGUAUUGUAAACAGCUGUAGCAUGUCAGAGCUGUAGAUAAUGACCUGCUGCUUAUGUUUAGGAAUUUUCCCAUGCCAGACAAAAUGUCACAGCCUAGAAACUACAUGCACACUGCAUACUGCCGUGUUUAUUUAUGUCUCAGCCUUAUCUGUGGUGGUGUCAGGAGCUAUACGAAGCCAACCUUAUUCAAACAAGGACACCUCGACUUGUGUAUGUGAGGAAAGUUUUAAUACUGCUGAGCUCAAUCUUAUUAUGGGAAGAAUAAUCUUUGUGUCAGCACAAAUACAAGAAACCAGAGUGGUGACUUUGAGGUGAUAGAUUAUCCUAAAUUUGGUCUUUAUGAGAUCCUAAUGUGAGUGAAAUGUGGAACAUUCAUCCUAAUCCUAUCAUUCAAUCUACAAACUGACAGUUUAUGUCACGCCAUUAAAAUCUGGGAUGAGGAGGGGGGCACCUGAAUAUAUCAGGAUUGAUCUGCUAUCAAGAUUUUGAAGGCCUAGUCAGUCUCAAUAAAUCGUUACUCUAGAUUCAUCUUAGCCAGAAUUUGAUAUGCAGUGAUUUUCCAUUGCAAAUGAUCCAACCUUGCCCUCUUCACUGAGUCCAUUCUCAUUGAAAAGUGUCUGAAAACUUGUAAAACUUGUCAGUGUCCAGCUGGUGUGAGAAAGCUGAAUCACCCUCCCAUUCAGGAAGUUCUGCUUGUUUAUGUCUUUGUUUGAGGAGCUACCUGCUGAAGAGAUAACAAACAAUACACUUAGUAGGAAGGACACUUGAUUCUUUGAAAAACUUGUAAAAUGUAGAAAUAAUUAUUCAUUAUCUCAUAUUUUCAUAUUGUUAUAUGUAAAGUAUUUGUGGUGUUGAAGGUAUUGAAGAAACUUUCCUGAGCAUUCGGUAUUUCACAAGCUUCACAAUUGGGAUACUUCUGUGCAAGCAAACAAUACUGUUUGAGCACAGUCUCCUUCCUCACCACUUUUGAGCCCCACCUCUUGUGUACCACAUGCACACAAUGAUACACCUCACCUAUUCUGGUCUGACCACAUCCCAGGAGAAACACUGUUUUGUAUUUUCCUGUCCUGACUGUCUGUCUGUUUGUUUAUAUUGUUCCCUUAGGAGAAGGUUAUCCCCUGCCUGCUGCGACUGAAACAGGCCAAUGACCCGGGCCUGAGGGCAGCAGUGAGGGAAGCUCUCGCUCUGGUAGGCUACCAUUCACCAGUUAAAGGCCGGGGCAUACGGAUCUUGUCCAUAGAUGGAGGAGGGUUAAGGUACAAGUUCAAGUCUUCCUCUUUUUUGUGUUUUGAAAUAUGAGAGACUGACUGCCAAUGAAGAAAUUUAGUCAAUGCACUGAGUUAAUCUUAAAGGGAUAUUCCGGCAUGAAAUUAAUUUAGGGUCAAACACACGUAACACAAAGAAAGACACCCGUCGAGAGAUGAAUGUUGCCGACUGCUUGCUUCUGUAGUUAUACCAACCUUAGUAACGACUGUAGAUAGCAAUACACAGCAGUCUGAGGAGCCAUAAACAAACCUCAAAACAAAAUGCUGCUCUAUAGCCACAAAUAAUGCUCAGAACAGCACCUAAGUACAUAUAGGGUCCUAGCCAUAGUACUAGCCACCAAACAAUUUUUUAACUUUGCCUGAUUUCUUUAGCAAAGAGACUAAACACAACUCACCCUAGUGCUGUGGUUGGGACCCUAUAUGUACUGUGGAUGAACUUAGGUGCUGUUCUGAGCCUUAUUUGUGGCUAUAGAGUGGCGUUUUGGUUGAGGUUUGUUUAUGGCUCCUCAGACCGCUGUGUAUUGCUAUCGUGCGGUCGUUACUAAAGUUGGUAUAACUAGAGAAGCAAGCGGUUGGCAACAAUCAUCUCUUGAGGGGGUGUCUAACUCGUUGUUUCUGUGUGUUUGACCCUAAAUUAAUUUUACGCCGGAAUAUCCCUUCAAGGCUACAGUAUUCUGUGUCAGUUCAUAUUUAUCUUCACUGUAUAUCCUGAAGCCCCCCCACCUUUGCACCUUGGCUCUUACCUUGGACAUGCCGGCGUCAUAUAUAUGUACAUGCCAGACUCAUUUUGCAACCUCUUAUCUCCUUAUGAAUUCAUGGCCCCCUGUGUUUGUGUUUGUCUAUGUCUGACUUUUUGUCUUCAGAGGAGUUCUUGCACUUCAGACGUUGCACAAGCUGGAAGCCCUGACCGGAAAACCCAUAUACAAACUCUUUGAUUAUAUUUGUGGUGUCAGCACAGGUACGUCGUCCUCCUGCCCUAAUUCUACAUGUUUGUGAAUGAGUGUGUUUGGAUUAUGAGAGCAGAGUGAGAGUGAGCAGAGUGCAGGCUGGACUGGCAGCAGUGAUCACACAGUGACCCAUUUGUUGAUGUGCUGUUGUUUUGACCUCAAUUUUAUGUCCCAAAUACACUCCCAAAGUCAGGCUGCUUUGCUCCACUGUAAGCAAAGAGCAAAUCUGCUCUGACUUGUUCAAAUUUUAGAUAAAUAAUGAGGUGAGGAUGUUAGGAAAUGAUACAGACUCUGCUUAUUUAGAGGAUUUCAUGAGGUACAUAUUUUUUAUUCUUUUAUUCAAAAUCACCACAGGGGGGUGCUGUUGACAUCCUGAAAAUACUUCAAACUGCUGCUCAGUAAAUUACUUCACAGCAGAUUGAUAAACUGCCUUUUAUUUGCAGAGCAAUUUGGUCCUUAAUCACCAGCAGAAGUUUUUAUUUGUCCCUAGCUCUCAUCAAUCCUCCCAGUCUUAAUCUUCAGCAGUUGGAGGUGCUUCAUUUUCACACUUGGUGAACGUCGUCAAAGAUAAUAUAAUCAUAGCCUGCUUGAUUGAAGGAUGGACACACAUAUAUUUUACCCAUCUGGGUUGCAUCUGUUUUGUUUGCUUACCCAGAUAAUUUAUGAACACUCUGUCUGCAUUGUUGAUGCUCAGGAAUCCUGUCAGGAAUCAAUCUAAGACAGAGAGCGGUUAAGAGGUGUUUGUUUAUAGUGUAAAAGCCAGGUUAAUCCCACACACUUCCUAUAGAUUGUUAAAUGAUGAAGCAGGUGGAAUCACAUCAUCUCUGCACCUGUUUACUCUUCCAUCACCGAGAUUACCUUGCUGCAUUCCCAAAGGACUGACUGAGUUUCUCCUGCUCCUCUAUAUUUGUUUACCGUGAUUUCUCAUUCACUUCCCUUCUUUGAAUGUUUAUUUUCUUUUGUCUCCACAGGUGCUAUCCUUGGGUUCAUGCUGGGUGUGUUCCAGAUCCCAGUGAACGAGUGUGAUGAUCUGUACAGGAAGUUGGGUUCAGAUGUUUUCAAGCAGAAUGUCAUCGUUGGCACCGUGAAGAUGGGCUGGAAUCACGCUUUCUAUGACAGCGAAGCCUGGGAAAAUAUCCUCAAGUCAGUGCAUUUGUUUUUAAUGGCAGUUAUAGUCACACAACUGGUGGUGGUUUUAAUCAGUUAACAUUGAUAAUGUCAUCACAGAUGUAUAGAUAGCUUUAGUUUCUAUUGAAGUGUGAAUUUUAGGUUUAACAGGAGUUGAAGCUGAUAAUAAUAAUGCAUCAGAUUUCAUAUAGCACUUUAUCAGAGACCCUCAAAGCGCUUCACAUUGGAUACAUCAUUCAUUCGCUCACUCAGUCACACCCUGGUGGUGGUAAACUACCUUAGUAAUCACAGCUGCCCUGGGGCAGACUGACAAAAACGUGGCUGCCAUUUUGCAACGGCAGCCUCUCCAACCACCGUCACACAACACUCACAUUCAUACACCAGUGGAGGACACACAUGAGCAAGGUGAGUUAAGUGUCUUGCCCAAGGACACAACAGACAGACUUGGGAUAGAGGGAACUCGAACCACCAACCUUCCAGUUAUUGGACCACUACUCUACCUCCUGAGCUCCUGUCGCCCUGGCAUAAAUAAUCAUAACCUGUGAAUGCAUAUAAUAACAAAAUAUAACAAAAGGUCUCACAAAGUGUACAUAGGCUGUUUAUUCAGCCUGAAAACCUUGAAAACACAAGAAUGGUCCUUUUAAAAUCAUUGUGUUGUUGUAAAAUAAUGUUACAUUCCAUGAACUCAGAGCAGGUUGGAUUAUUUGAAUCCUUUAAAUUUGAAAAAACUCAAAUCUGGAGCAAGGCAUAACGUUUUCUAAAAUUAAGUCAUCCAGAAAAUAAAAUCGUCUUAUCUUCCCCUCCACAGAGAGAAAAUGGGCUCUCACCUCCUGGUAGAGACAACAAGAAACCCAGAAUGCCCCAAGGUGAGUUUUCGAAGACGCUCUGACUCAUCCAUCCCUCUUGUUAUGUUCUGGCUCUGACCCCCGAGCCUCCACUUCUCUUUGUUUGCAGGGAUAUUACAAACAAAUCUCUUUUCUUUAUCUUCACCUUGCAUACGGCUGCAUGACACUUGUAGGGAAAAUACACUCGAAAGCUUUAUAAGACCGUGUGGAUGAAGCAGCAUACAGGAUUUAUGUCAGCAGGCUCCUCUGCAGAAGAGAGAUGAUAUUGAAUGGAUCUGUCAGAAUGUCUGCCUACAUAUUAUGCUGCAUUUUAGAUUCUCUUUAAAAUGCCAUCUCAUGCUGGAAAAAAAAUUCAUGUUGUAUCUAAUUCUCUUCACCUGUAGGUGGCAGCAGUGAGCACUGUUGUGAACCGGGGCACUCCUCUGAAGGCUUAUGUGUUCAGGAACUACAACCUGCUGCCUGGGGUGCGCUCUCACUACCUGGGGGGCUGCCAGCACCAGCUGUGGCAGGCCAUCCGUGCCACGUCAGCUGCUCCAGGGUAUUUUCAGGAGUUCACACUGGGAAACGAUCUCCACCAGGUCAGUCCUUCUCACUACUGUAACACACCCCGGUCAUGGCACACUUGAUGAUUAAACCAACAGUUAAUCUCUGAAAUAUAAUCUCUGAUGCUUAGAUUUAAGGAUGAGAGUCAUAAAUUACACUAUUCUACGAACUAACAUUUCAAUAUUCUGGAUGUAAUUUACAAAGAAAGAGUAUGUCUUUUAGUAGCAGAAAAUAAUGAACAUUGUUCUGUUUCACUGGUGGGACUCAAACAGUUGGGUCAGUUUUCUGCAAAAAUAUAUGAAAGAUCACAAGCACACACCAUGAGUCUAAAGUAGCUACUUCACAAGUGCCAGUCAGAUCAAAGUUUCUUUUCAUGUAAAGCCAGGUUUACUCUGGCACGGUGUUUCAAAUCUUUGUGUGCAGGGAAGUAAAAAUAACAUAUGAGUCAUUAUCUGUAGGCUGCUUUACCGUGACUACUAACUGACUAACUGAAUAGACAACACACCUUCAUCUUUCCCCUAAUGUGAGAUGUGAACCCAAAACACCAUCUUGAUGGAUGCUGACAUUUUGCACUGGUGGAGCCAGUUGUUCACAGAAGCAGUCUAGGUGGUAGACUGACAUCACAGCCUAUCCCUAAACCAAAACACACCGGUUACAUAUAGGGUCCCAGCCAAAGAACUAGUAGCCACCAAACAUCUUUUUAACUUUGCCUAAUUUUUUUUAGCAAAAAGACCAAACACAACUCACCUACUCUCUUCCAGCAGCCAUUUGUUUGUACAGAGACCUCGGGCUAGUCCAUUACGGACUGCUGCGGGGUGAGGCAGCUCAAGGAAGAACAUUUAUGAUCAUUACUUUAUCAUUUCCUUGAAGUAAUAAUCAUCAUAUUAAUCAUAAAUGUUCUUCCUUGAGCUGCGUCACCCCGCUGUAGUCCGUAAUGGACUAGCCCGAGGUCUCUGUACAAACAAAUGGCUGCUGGAAGAGGGUAGGUGAGUUGUGUUUGGUCUCUUUGCUAAAGAAACCAGGUAAAGCUAAAAAGAUGUUUAGUGGCUAGUACUAUGGCUGGGACCCUAUAUGUACUGUUGCUGUUCUGAGCAUUAUUUGUGGCUAUAGAGUGGCGUUUUGGUUGAGGUUUGUGUGUGGUUCCAUAGGCCGCUGUGUAUUGCUAUCGUGUGGUUGUUACUAAAGUUGGUUUAACUAGAGAAGCAAGCAUUAAUUUUAUGCCGGAAUAUCCCUUUAAGUGUAGGGAAAACGACAUGUUUUCUAUUAAAAUCUUCAAAAAUACAUGAUAAAUGAUGCCCUGGAGAAAUGACAUAAAUCAACAUGUUUGUCAUGUUGCAUGAAAAGUAUCCUCUUUGUACCUCAGUGAGCUUCAAAACAUUUUGCUUUCCAGUGUGAGGCUGAGAUAUUGAAUUUUCUGUGUCUCUUUGAAAGCUGUCUCUCACACCACGUUUCACAUUCACACUCUAUAUUUACACACCUCGUGAGUAUUCAAACUGCAGUCCCCAGCUACAGAAAUACAGGGUAUAAUGUCUGGAUACUGGAUUUAAAUGUUGCAUACAGGCAAUAUGGACUGUGCAGCAUUUGAAGGAUUUUAAGACGCCUGAAGAGAAAAAUCCUCUGCACAGCAAGCGAGAGGGAGGAACUCCAUUUCUGAGCCGUCAGUGUUAAUUUCCAGUCAGUUACAUUUUGACGAGAAAGUGAGGGGUAGAGUCGCAGCGAGACGCUCUUAAAUCCAUCUUCAGUAAACAGGUAUGCAUUAGCCAUCAGGAGCAUAACAAACCACCGGACCACUCAACCAUUAUACUGAUCAAUAUGUUUGACCACUCUGUCUGGCUUUACCUUUUCAGAAAGGUUGCAGAGAAGAAAUAAGAAACCGUCUAAGUAGGAGAAGCUUGAAAAUGAGUGUGCGUCACAGUUUUGUUUUGUUCAAAGAAAAGGUUGCCAGGGGAUAAACAAAAAAGGAAAGUAACAGAUGGGAAGACAUUGAUUGAAGCCACUCUGCUCCACUUCUUUGGAGUUUUCAGCUGACGUAGCCGGCGUUUGACCUGCCUCAUCCAGAUGUCAGCAUCCCCUCGGAUUGACGUUCAAGCACAGAUGUUUUGUCGAGAUUGACUCAUUCAAUGUAGACUUAGCGCAUGUGAAUAAGCAUGUGUUUGCAUCAAAGGCAAUAUCCCAUGUCGACUCGCUCCUACGCUCUUAAUUGGAAGCUGUGUUAGACGGGUAGGUGAGGCGGGGGGAGUUCACGGGGAGAGAAUGAAAGAGACUAGUUGAUGGAAAAACCCACCUGUGGUAGGAGACUUCCCUCAGCUUGCUGUCGAGCAGGUCUCACUCCACUCGGAGAUGCAUAAAUUAGCCAAAUGCAGCGAGCGUUUCCCUCAUCACACACAAACUGUUUGACUGCUACAUCUGCCUCGUUAGAGUGAAGAAAUAGACAAUCUAAUUAUGAAGCUGCUAUUCCAAAACCUGUUAGCUGCUAGCAGGGAAACCUCAAACUGAGUGAGGAUGAGACAGCAUCAACAGAUUCGUUUAUUUAACCCAUCUGACGACAAAUCAGUCAGAUUGUAUUUCAUUUUUAUCUCAUUCCUGUCAAAAAGAUCUUCUAAACAAUCAACUGAAUGACAAAAGAGAGGAUUUCAGUCCUAAUUUAUCAACAAGUACCUUUUUAGUUUUCUCUCCUUGUGUUUUUCUCAAGCUAAUGAAUUAUUUUCAGAAUAUUUUAAAAAGGUAUUUUUCUUGGACCGGCCAUUCCUGUGUGAUCUGAGCUUCUCCUCAUUUGCCUUCUCCACCGUUUCUUCUUUAUUUUAGGAAUACUUCAUACCUGUGUUCACUUCACUUUUGCUGUGUUUUGCUUAACUUACUGACAUUUUGGAGAUCGGUUUCACAUGGUUACAGUACAGAGCAUGAAACUUCUGUGUUUUUAGCUGUAGUUCAUUUUAGACCCUUGGCUGUGUCGGUCUUUGUUUGGUCUUAACAUAAACAGCUGGAUUGGAUAUAUAACAUUUAGUAACCAGUGCUGUAGUCUCAUCAUCCCGAUUUGAGUCUCAGAGAGGCUCAAGUCCUUAGUGUUCCUAGUCCAGGUCACCAGAGAGCAAUCCAGCUGAGUACAGGUCCAGUCCCCAUGAUUUGAGGAUUUACUGUUCACUGUGUGGACCUUAACUGACUGUGUGCGGCCUAUGAAUGUAUAGAUGUAUAAAUUUUAUUCAUUAACCUUGGAUCUAAAUAAUCAUUGAAGUUACCGUAUGAGGCACACUUAUUAUCCUUGCUGCAGUGGGUUCGCUGCAUGUGUCUUAAAAACUCACCUCUUAUUAAUCAAACAUUGUUGCCGAUCAAACAUUUUGAUCAUUACUGCUGACCUAGAAUCGCGCUGAUACCAAUCCAAGUCACUUCAAGCAUCCAUCUUAGUUUUCUAGAUGCAACCUUGACCGAUGUUUGCUAAAGUCUGAGCUUUUAUCUUCAUUUAAAUGUAAAACAUGUAAAAUUUUAAAAAGAAAAACUCACAAUUCAUAGUGCCUCAUAAGACGAUGUGGCAGAAUCGUGGAUGAACAAAACAUGCAUGCAGAUGAGCACGACCACCAGCCCCUGAUUUCUUAAAACUGAAUGGAUUAUAUGGACCUUAUACAAAAAUGAUGGUAUAAAAUAAAACAGUUCUUCUUAAUAGAUGAGCUGAGAUCCCCUUCUCUUGAUCCUGAAACAGUUGAUGCUGAAGUCCAAGUCAGAUUUAUCAGUCCUCGAGUUUCAUGUAGAGUCCUUCUUCUUGUAAAAUCAGGACACAAGUUGGACUCCAGUCUGAGUCCUGGUUUGGUGUACCAUGGCGAUGUCAGUAUCAAAGGAUCUUAUAACAAAACAAACAAAGAUACAAUUAAAAAUGUUGACUAUAAACUAUCAUUGUUCUAUUUCAAACCAAAGCAAAAGUGUUCCUUUUAUUAUUAAUUGAAAAAUAUUGUUCUUUUCAGCCAUAUCACCUCCAUUAAUGAAACGGAAAAUAACUGAAAGGAAGACAUUAAAUCAAAACCUCAAAACAAGGACCCACUGUGUCCUUUUAACAAACCCGUCUUGUGAAAUAUCAGGAGAAAUGCGGAUUCAAAUACAAAUUUUGUAAGAGUACCCAAAACAUCAUUUUGAAAGUUUCUAUAAAAUGUUUAAAUCUUUCUUUUACCGUGAAGAAAACUCUGCCAGUUUCAAAAACGCCACCCAGCAUGAUGGCUUUAUCUUUUGGCCUCUUGAGCCACUGAAACCAGUUCAUGAGCUUAACAUGCCGUCCCUGUGAUGUAAGGAUUCCCCGGAGAGGGAGGCAUCUCGCUCUUUUCCACAAACGCCCACUGAGUUUCCACUUAAUUCAGACCCUAAACAAUUAUCUUUUUGUUUGAGUCAGCGCAGGAGAGUUGCCAUGCCAUGUGCUGAACGAAUGCCGGAAUUCUCAAGCAGCAUUUUCAAGAAAGUUGUGAUUGUUGUACUACGUAUCUGUGAUUCUGACGGCUGGAAUCUGACAGUAGUUCAGAUUCAGAGUGGUAACACAGGGGAAAUUGUGACUCAGAGCAAGACCUUUGAAGCAGGGCAGCCAUGUUUUUAUCAAAGCCUCACACUUGCCACCACAGCCAUGGAGAGGAUGCGUUUAGAGAGCGGGAACAAGGAGAAAAGAGAGAAAAAGUAGACAGGAUGAAGGGAGGGAGGUUCCACAUUAAAGCUCGCGCAGUUAUCUCUGCUCUAAAGAACACAGGAGAAGAAGACUUCAGACGCUUCACAAUAGAUGCCAGGGCAUGCGUGGAAUGGCGAGGAGGGCCCAAUUUUUUCCGCCUAGUUGCCAUGGCGUCUCCUGAGGUGAUGGGGAGGAAUGGGAGCAUGUUUUUUCGCGCCCAGUUCUUCCAGCAUUUAAUGGGAGGCAUGGCAUCAAUGCAAGCUCUUAAGAGCCCCCAACACAGCACAGCGCUCGGCAGAAAAGACUCCACACAGCCUGAAAUAGAGCAGAUCACAUUAGCCCUCCCAUACUUUUAUGAAGUGUAGGGAAUGAGGCAUAAAUGAGUCUAAGAAGUCAUUUAAAGUAGCAGCUUUGGCUAAAGAACUCAGGCAGUGUGGUUCUGUGAGAGGAAAGAAGAGGAGAAGGCAAAGGGCCUCAUAUAAUUAAGUGCCAUUCCCAAAGUGCAGCUCCAGAAAUCAUAACCUUUUGGAUCACCCUUUUCACUUCUCUUUUUCUCACCCAUAAAGGCCAUUGGAGGUGAAGCUGUUGGCCGUAAAUUACAUGCUCAGCAGCGCUGCGGUGCUUCUCCUACGAGGCAGUGAGGAGGAGAGGUGGUGGAUUCGGGGAGGUUUAAAUCGGAGCUUUAGCCACUUUCUUAUCCCAGCUCUCUCCUCCCUGUGUUAAACCCUGAGAACUUGGCCUGGAUGCUGUCAGAGGAUGGAGCUCAGACUAUUGAGCCCUGCUGCAGACAGUUUCCUCCUCCCACACAGACUCAGAAUCUCUAUCCUAUCAGAGAACCAAGUUCACAUUGAUCCUCUUAUUGUGAUUUUCCCCCCUCUGUUUGCCCUUUUUGCACCAUAAUACUGCACGCUCAAGUGCCCAUUACUUUCCAAUCCAAACACCUGAUUGCACCAGCAUAGAAUUAGGCCUUUUCAUUGAAGGAAACAGAACUUGGGGUUAAACAUUGAAAUACAAUUAGUGUGAAUAAUCAUGUAAAAGUUGUACAAACAGGGCUGUUUAUUUGGUCGCCCAGCUGAUGUCAUGAUAUCAUGAAAAGGCAUCCUAACUUUCAGUCAAUCCAGCUAAAAGCAAAGAGGGGGAAAUGAAGUGGGGUCUCCUGGAAAAUGGCAACAAAGCAUCCAUCUGUCUGUCAAAUUAGCCACACCCCUGAUUAUGCAAAAUUUCAUAACCCCUAUAUCUACUAAAAGGAGGAGUGAUAGCAAAAUUAACCCUCCAUUCAUUGUCCACAAAUAGAGAAAUAGGCUAUAAAGACCAAAACUGUUUCUAAUGUGUCCUGUUUUUAUACCAGGCUGAAAACAUGUUGUGGUCCUUAUGUGGGUGGCCUGGGUUCAAAUUCAACUCUGACCCAUGUCUGUAACCGCUCUGUCAACCCCCUUUAAAGAAAAAAAGGCAUUUUAAUAUGUGUGUCCAUGGGGUUUUCUCUGCUUUUGGAGCUAGCAUCAAUGUGACACUUGAGGGACUGAAUGAGUCUUUUGACAUUGAAGGUUGCCACUUGUCAAAGAGAUAAGAUGUACGACUUUGGCAACAGGUUUGCCAAAAUCAGCAGAACUCAUGCAGUAGCUCUCAGGGCGAUGAAACUGAAAAUUUACAGAUACUGAAAUUUACGACAAUAACCAACGUCCUUUUGCUCAUGUCAGUAUAUAUAUUCAGUGUUAAAACAAUAAAUAAAUAAGAUUGGUUUUGGAUGUGUGUAGGUAGGCUAUGGUCUCAUGUCCCUUUAAGACGCUGUCCUAUGUGACGUGACUCCACCCCAUCCAGUCUGUAACAACAAUGAAAAGACAGGUGAGGAGAUGGAGGACCGUUCAAAAGUUGUAGCAGCUGAAGUAGAUGAAGUUCAUGUGGGAGGGGGUGAGCAGCUUAUAGAGUAGUUAUCAUCCAUUUAUCCAUUUAUCGCGAUUAACUGCUCAAUAUAUUGUGAUAUUGAUUUGAGGCCAUAUUGCCCAGCCCUAAGUAGCUUUACUAUGGAGACCUCUUUUGUAGAUUUGCUGAGUCACAGCCCAGAAAGAUUGUCUGAAAUUCACUACUUCAACCCUCAUAUUCGUAAAAAAUGAACUUUUCCAAUCCUAUAUGUAUGGGUCUGAGGGAACAUCAAAUCAAUGCUGUAACUGCGGUGUAAAAGCCCCCUCAAAAUCUCAAACAACCCCUUUUAGUUUCACUCUGCACCUCACUCAGCAGGCUCUUUAGUGCCGCUGCAGCUCCAGAUGAGAAAGUAAAUCACACCUUGCCUUACAAUGUAUUGAUAUGCUAGCAUGUGUGUUCGACCAGCUCUCCUGUGAGCAGCUGGGAAAUGAGCUUUAAAUUGCCUGGUAGUGGAGUUAUGAUGAUGGACAGAAAAAUUAUGCUUUCUAAUAUGAAGUUGUCAAACAUGCACAUGAAGCCCAAAGGGAAUCCAGGCUGAGUAAAUAUGAGCAAGGGGGUUCUGCGCUCAUUUAUAUCACUGAGAGAAGUGGCAUAGUUUAAUCUGCAUGGCUGCAGCUGGCAGAGAUGAUUCAUUGUUUCAAUACUCAGCGCACAUGUGUGGUCAUGUUUUCUCUGAAUGUGUGUGGAAAGGUAACUGCAAACAGUAAAUCUCAAUUUCUCUGCCUGCCCGGGGCAAAGUUGGCACCCACAAAGGCUGCUGCUUUCUCUGUUGACAGCUUGGGAAGAUGACUCAAGCUUCAAUGUGACCUUUGGGGCCUAUAAGGCAGGGAGGCAAAAAGAAGAAGAGCUCGGCGUAAUUAUGUAAUACGGCAUGAAGACCUCUGACUUGGCUUGACCGCAAGUGGAGUGGAACUCACAACACUCACACUGUUGUCAUUCUCAUCCUCAGCGUUAAUAAUGGUGGCCUUUAUAUGGAUUGGACACCAUUUGGGCAAUUAAUUUCGCUCAAUAAGCACAUUUAUUUACCCGAUCAGGAGAGUGAGAGAAACUCACACUCUCCAAACUGUGUGGAUAAUCUUGAAGUGGACAAGUAUCUUUUUUUUAGCACCCUAAUUAUCUACUCGAUCAACUGAAUGACCAUCUCUGGAAAACAGUGUUGUUAUUGUGAAAGACAUAAUAAAGCUUAUGUAAUGCUUGCCUAAUUAAUGGUUUGAGAAAAGAGGGGCUUCAUAAUAAAUCACAACGGUGCUCACGCUCGGCGCCCUUUUACUGCGGGCCUGUCAGAGACGCAACACAAGAAAUUGUAAUGACCGCACACUGUCUGUCUGUGAUGUGAAUGUAACUCUGCAUAAACGUCAAAGGCUCACCUCAUUUAGAUUUAACCCAACGCUCUUCUUGAACCCUCGAUCAAGCUCGUGUUGAAGCUUACCCGCUGGUUACAGAGGCAGAGAGAAAACGAGGGGGAGAGAGAGGAACACAGGCUGAAUGGAGAGGAUGAAGUUUGCUGUCCCAGCUAAUGGGAGCUGACAUACACUGGCGCGUGAAAUGACUUUUGCUGAUCCUGACGAUAGCACCUCUUUCCCAUUCAAAUCAGGUCUUCCCUCAAGACGGCCUGAACUGGCCUAAUGGAGAUAAGCUCCUAAAACUUAAUGACAGCGGAGGAAUUUUUAACAGCAACACAGGAACCUAUAAAUCCUUCAUGUCUUCAUUUUGUUUGUUUAUCACCGCCCAUGUCAUCUCAGUCAUUUUAUUUCACAAAACCAUCUUUGGGCAGACUCUGUUUUAAGGGCAUAUUUCACUUUAAUUGGCCUUUCUGAAGGAUUGAAAUGCGUUCCCAAAGGUGCAGAAAGCCUAAUUAGUUGCAAAGUCGCUUUAAUUGAGCUACAGGAAAAGAAGGUGCUGAUUUAUGAAUCAGUCAUCAGACCCUGAAGGGCAAAGGCGAGGCCACAGAAGCUGUGAUUCUCUGGAGUAUCAAUAAAACCGGCUCCACCGGAAUCAAGGGAAGCAAUAAGGCUUUCAGGAAGGCAGGAUUCAGACGCACCAUUUCUGAAUUCAGCAUCCGUUCAGACUCGGAGGUAAAACUUCUAUCAGAUGGUCUAACUGACAGGAUGUGCCCUCCGAGGACAUUUAUCUGUUGACACAUGGCAGACUUUUUCUCAGCGAGAUUGAGUCAUUGUGAGUCUGUGCAGCAUUAUAGCUCUAAAUCCUCAUAAAUGGAAGUGACCUUUGCCUCGCAUCCUGCUGCGUGUUUGACAGCUAACUUCAGUUGGGCCACUUUGUAUGCAAAGCUCUUUUGCAGUUUAGCCUAAGUACAUCAUUGUUUCUAACUUAACUCUUUAUCCAAAUAUGCCCUGGCCUGAAGAAACCCUUGUUUGAGGAUGUGGCAGUGGGCCAAGCAUGGAUAUUUCACUGAAAGUGGCGUUAAAGAGCCCAGGCUUUUCUACCGUGACUUCACCAUCUGCCAAAGUGAUCGCUGUGCAGCUUGAACCUGGAACCAUUUUCCACCUGUUAACUUGUUUGUCAUGACAACUGCUAAAAGCUGCGAAUUAUGCUUUGAAUUAUAACUGCUUUCAAAAGUUCUGAGUGCGACACAAAAAGAAAACCCACCAGUCUUCCAAUAAGCUCCAUCACUACCAAUAUAACACACUUCGAAUUAGGGCUGGGCGAUAUGGCCUCAAAUCAGAAUCAAUAUUGAGCAGUUCACCUUGAUAACGAUAAAUGGACGAUAACUACUCCACAAGCUGCUCACCCCCUCCCACAGUAACUUCAUCUACUUCAGCCGCUGCUUCAGCCGCAAGAACCUUUAAACCGUCCUCCAUCUCCUCACCUGUCUUUCCCUCUUUGUUACGGACUACACACAUCCAAGACCAACUUUUAUUUAUUUAUUUUUUUUUGUCACUGAAUAUACCGAUAUGGGCAAAAUGACGCUGAUUAUUGUCAUAAAUUUCGGUAUUGAUUAAUUUUCGGUUUAUCGCCCAGCCCUAAAGCUACUCUAUGAGUUUGACAUUUUCUGUUAAUUUUGGCAAACCUGUUGCCAAGGUAGUACAUCUUAUCUCUUUGAGAAGCAGCAACCUUCAAUGUCAAAAACUAAGACUUGUUAAAAAAUGCAGUCCCUCAAGUGUCCCAUUGAUGCUAGCUCCAAAAGCAGAGAAAGCUCCAUGGACACACAUAUUAUUUAUUUUUUGGACACCAAAUAUGUUGACAUGGGCAAAAUGACGUUGGUUGUUGUCGUAAAUUUCGGUAUCAGUAAAUUUUCAGUUUCAUCGCCUGGCCCUACUUCGAAUGCGUCUCCCAGCAGCUCUGAAUUGCCCGAGCAGGUGCCUGAAAUGGAGACAAGUUAUAGUGUUCUCUUCACUAAGGCAUUGUGCAAUGGGCCUCUUAUGUUACAUGCUUGUCUCUGUGCAAGGCCAGCCACUGUGCUCAUGAAAUUUGCCCCCAGCCAUCAGCACAAAGAGGCCAUGGCUGGACCCAGACUGUUGCCGUAAUUGCCACCGAGUUGAGAAAAUGGAACCUCUCGCAGUGGUGUGAGUGAUAAGAAAACUGCAAAGUUGUUUUGUUUCCAGCUGGGAUUGUCUGGUGCUCACCACAGAGCCAGUCUCCUCUCAGUAUACAUUAGGAGGGACUCUAAGCUCAGGCAGUUUUUUCCCCUUCCUGUGAUUCAUUUCUUAGUCUGCCAGACACCCCGCUGGUGCAUAACGACGUGCUUUGGACAAACAGCUGCUUCAGCAGUUCUCCCAUACUUUGUGACACAGUGAAUCCCUCUUUGUGGGACUUCAGUGAGAUGGGUGCUCUCUCAGGCUUGAGAUCUCACAGGAAUUUCUCUUCAUAACUUACUUUCAAGGUUUGAAUGAUUCAUAAAACACAUUACCAUAACAGAUUAGUUCUUUCAUAGGAAGUUUCUCUAUCUAACAAUACGUCUCAGCGGGACCGGAGACAUUUGUCUUUGUAGUUUUAUCCCACUGUUCUUUUUCUUAUGUGGCUACACUGAUGGCUAAAUCAGUCUGUCACUCAAUAACAGAGAAAAAAGAAAGAUCUAUUUGAGAGUGAUUCAUAACACCCAGAGGAUGGAUCCUUCCUGUCUCCCAGUCGGAAAGUCAGGGUUUCAAUCCCAGGGCUGUCCACGUGUCCUUGGGCAGGACACUUGACCCACUUGAAUAUGAUGGGCUCUUUACAAAGCAGCCUCAGUCAUCAGUGUGAAUGGGUGAAUGUGAAAAGUGAUGUAAAAGCACUUUGAAGGUUCAGAAGACCAGUGAAAGUGCUGUACUCGAUUUACAAUCCAUUUACCAAUUACCACUGUGCGAUAAAGCUCUACCACCCGGAUGUAAACAAGCACAGUUGACAGAUUGCAUUUCACAGCAUAGUGUACUUCUGCAGAAUUUCAUCUAGAAAAUGGACAUAAAGUUGAAUAUUGCUGUGUCAGGUUGAACUGACAGUUAACCAUCGAACCAGAGCAAUACACAAGCAGCACAGGAAGUUAACCUGCAGGGGGGGACUCAAGGCUUGUGGUGCUAGCUCUGCUAAAGUUACCCACAAUCAGCAAACCAAUUUGUUAUGGUCUACCUGCAGAUUCUCUGGUCUCAUGUUAAGCCAUCUUUGAUUAGUUGUGCUCCAUUUAGACUGUUUUCUGAGUGUCUUUGUACCUCAAGACUACCCAGCUAAUCAGAAUCUAACUUUCUGUAUAAACAAUUAGGAAAUUAGUGUGAAUGUUACCCAGAUAGAACUGUAAUCACCUUGUCAGCCUUCUACUUUGAUUGACUCAAGGUUUACAGUGUUUAGUAUAGGACUGACACAAAGUUUCAUACAAAAUCAGUAAUAUUACAACUAUGUGUGUGAUAAACCUAUUUAUUCUUUGUUUAAAAAUGCCUAAAAGGUGAAUCAACAGGAAUCCCAAAGUCAAAGGUAUUCAGAUUACAAUAAAAAGAUUCACUGGAAAUGUUUUAAAAGAAGAAAAGGACACCUCAUGAAUGUUGUGCUUUUUUAUUUAAAAAAAAAAUAAUGAUUCAUUCAUUAUCUUAUCAAUAAUUGUUGCUCUUUUGGCUAACACUUCAGUUUAUGAUCAAACAACGACAACUAAGAAAACGUCAUCAGCUCAUGCCUUGUCUUGUGUCAUUAUGAGAGAAGGAGCAUGGCUGCCAUUAUUCCUCCUGAAACACGGGCAUUUGAACCGUCAAUUUUCAGUAGAUCAGUGUGCAGUAUGUAGCUGAACUAUCUCUAAUCCUGACUCAGUCUUAAAAGAGCUGCAAAUGCGUCUCUGAAUUCUGGUUGUCUGAUGCUGAUUUUUUCGGCACCAUUUUACUGAAUUUCUCAGCGUCACUAAACAUUUUUAUAGAUGACUGUAAUAUUAAGCCAAAAUAAGUCAUUCAUGACACAUUUACCACCAUGGGAGCUGUCAUUCGAUGUAGUGCCCCCAGCCUAAAUACAAUAGCCAAUUCUCUCUGCAAGUCUGUUUUCAUGGACUUUGGAUUGAUGACACAAUUACUCAGUUUUACUCCCUGGAUGGUUUUAGACCUUUGUUCGUAUUUCCAGCUCUGUGCGUUCCCUCAGAUCUGUACAGAAGUGUUGUGACACUGCCUGCGACGUGGCUGAAGUGUGCUGCGAAGCUUGGUUGUUCCCUCCCCUCUGCUCCCCAAGGCUCAGUGUGUUUGAAUCCAUGUGACAUGCUGUCAGGAACACGCACACUUUAUUAUAUGCACUGACUCUAAGUAGGCAUGAGCUUUCGAUCAAACAUGCACAUGCACAUGGUCAUAUAAACAAGCUCUCAUCCCCCUCGUGUGUCCCCCGACACUUGGGGCCCCGCGGCUCCCACCACCCCCCAGCCUGGCCUCUUUAAUGAGGACUGGCCCCUGUGUGUUUGAUCCCACUGCCAACCCACAGCCCCCCCGGCCCCUCAGCCUCAUGCCUAUUCAACAAUUCCCACCGCCUCUCCAGUUACUCCCCCAUUGCCGCGGGUAGACUAUAGAUCCAAAGCAAAGCACUCCUGGGCAGUUGUUCAAUAUCAAAGCCCAUCUGACAGAAACUGUAGGGAAAAAGAAAAAAAAAACAACAACAAUUUAGUUCUUUGCUUUGUAGACUUGAAACCAGCUCUGGAACUGUGAAUUGAUUUUUUUUUUUUGUUUGUUUCAUCAGCUGCUCCUCAAAAAUUCUAUCUUUUGUCUGAUAAAUCCAAGAAACAUUUGAAGCUUCAAAAGCAAGUUAAUUGAUUGCGCUCACCCUGCUCUUAUUAAAGAAACAUUUAAAGCCUGUGAAUGUAGUCUGUAACAUGAAUCUACUUCUGUUGUGUGUGCAGGACGGUGGUUUGCUGAUUAACAACCCCACAGCUCUGGCGGUCCACGAGUGCAAAUGUCUGUGGCCCAACACGCCAUUGGAGUGUGUGGUCUCGCUUGGAACGGGUCGCUUUGAGACUCCCGGGAGGAACAGUGCUACCUACACUAGUCUCAAAACCAAACUCACCAAUGUCAUCAGCAGCGCCACUGACACUGAGGGUAAGAUACAGUCAGUGCAAAUAUAAUGAUGCAAAACUAAUAAUACAAAUGCAACCAAGUGUUUCAGUGAAUGUGUGGGGUAAUAUUUCUUGUAUCUCUUGAUGUCGUGUUCACACUAAGCGCCUAUAAAAUCAUUCGCCUGAGUGAAUUACAUGUAAAGACAUGAUUAAAUGCGCCUUCUACACACACAAUGUGAAUGACAUGCCGCAAACAGCACAAAUUGAACGGAUCACUCGCAUGAAUUCAUGUUGCAUCACAUCCAACGCGCUAUUCGCUUUAAAUGCCUAUUCGUGAGAGUUGAAAAUGUCUGAAUGUGAGCAAAUGUUCGCGUCACGAUAACAAAUUACUAUGGAGAUACCCCAGUGAUGUAUGUCAACAACAGACCAGCAGAGAUUCAUUCAUGUGGAUAAUGGAGGACUAAGGGAUCCUGACAGUAUACAACCACCUGAGCUGUAGGAUCAAACUUGUCGGUGACACCAAGACAGGAAUAUAAAAAAAUACACAUCUGGAGGGUUUUAUUAUCUGGUCAGUUGUUUAAACACAGCAGAUCUACACGAUGUGAUCAACCUCUGCUAUGUUUGAUGAAAACAGACUGACCUGAUAUGCAGUAACCCCUCCUCUCUUUCUCGUCUCUUGCAAUCAAACAUAUUUUUUGUCUCUCUGCAGACGUGAUACAAACACGAGAAUUAAGCGAGUCAUACGCGCGAAUUGAGCGAGUACACACAACAUCGGUGUGGCCAGGCACGCUAGAAUUAAGGGAGUAGAUGAUUUUAUUCGCACUUGGUGUGUAUGCAACAUUUAGGGGUCCUCUCUUUUCCCUAUUAGAGCUAAGUCUGUAACAUCAAGGCCCAGUCUUUCUGCAACCCUUGUUCCAUGACAACCCUGUUCCCAAAACCCCUUUCACACAAGCACUGUACCCCCUGAAAGUGUCUUAAAUUUGCUCAUGCGUGAGUAAAAAUGUCAGAACCAUAGCAAAACUUACAAAAAGCCCUUACCAAGAGGUCUAAAGGAAGUUGGGUUGAGUCAGAGUGUGAAUAAAUCAGGCAUAAGUCAACAAAAUUCACCACUACUAAGCUAAGGUGAAGCUAUGAUGUUAUUCACUUAAUCACAGAGGUGCUUGAGUAAAUGCCAAAUGCCUGCAAAUCUCAGGGCCUGAAUGUCCUAAAGUUGUCUUAAAAUGUCAGAGGUGUUACAGGCUUUAGAGUCGUGUCAUCCCCACUCCUCCAAACCUUUCCAAACUUUCCUUUCUUUCUUCUAAUUUUGCUCUAAAAAUACAGUUUCAAAAAGCCCCCAAAUUACUCUGAGAUGAAACAGGAGCAGUUUGCAGACAGACUAAUGUAAACCCUCUUGAAAAAUGAGUAACUCAGUAUAAAAUGAUGGCACUCUGCAAUGUUAUAUAAUGUCCUCUGAGAGUUUUGAAUUAAAAUUUGCCUUAAGAUAUCCUCAAGGCUAUCUUAAAUUGGGGAUUAAGACUGAAAAUCUAUAACAGAAAGCCUGAGCUCCCCUCAGGAGAGUUGGAAUCAAACGAUGAGGCUGUUAUAUGCGGGUUAUAAUAUAGCAUGUGAGUGAUUACUUACAUUUAGCUGCUUGACAUCUGCUAUAUACCAAAAAGUCAAAAUUCUUCAGUCGCUGCUGCUUUAAUAUCAAGAGUUGUUGUUCAUAAUACGCCUCUGUAAAGGCCUCUAACUUGUGAUGGAAGUGCAGUACGAAGUAUUUGAAUUUCCCAUGCUUAUAAAUCUGCCAAAUGGGUUGCACACGGUUGAUUUGAUUGGAUUAACUAUGAAGGAGUUCUGGCACUCAGCAUUUUGCUCUAGAGCUCUCAAAGCAACAUAAAACUGCUGGCACAGUGUCAAAAAACAUCUGAUUAUUUUUAUUCAGAUUAGUCCAAUUUACUGAAACACCACUAAAUAUGUCAGCCUGACAAAAUUGACGCAUCACAUGCCAAGAAGAAAAUAGUGGAUGGAAAUAGAUGGUAUGCAACCUUAUGUUGUCGUCUGCGUUGUUUGCAGUGCUUUUAAAUCUUUGUCAGUGUUCAGAAACAGAAUUAAUUCACUUUAUAGUAAGAAAGUACAAAGACUUGGAUGGAUUAGUUGCUCAGUUUCUCUUUCAUCUCAGAGGGAGGGAAUCAGGUUUGAUGUCUUCGGUGUAGAAAAUACUGCACUGCAGGUUUACUUUGUUCUGAUACAUCCCGGUGUGGCCCUCCGUAGAUGCAACCUCAUCUGCGUCCUUAUCACCUCUGGACAUGGGCACCUCCGCUGUGCCUAAAUUUGGCUUUGUCCCCUCCUCGUUACGGCUGCUGUGGUGCAGCGUGUGACCCAGAUGCCUCUCUCCACUUGUUCCUCCUGUGUUUGGGAUUAAGCUCUCCCUUCCCAGCUCUCCAACAAGCUUUGUUAUUUAGAAAUAGAAGAUUAGCAGGAGUGUUUAUCACAGAUUUCCUCUCUUUCAGAAGCUUCCCUCCCGUCCCAGAGCUCACACGCCUCCUACUUUGUCUUAGGUGUAUCAGUGGAGCUGAGUUUGUUGUUGUUGUGGACAGAUAAAUAUGAUCAAGUGGGAUUUGGAUGUAAACAAAGCGCCUGAUGGAACUGCAUUGUAAACUCCCUCACAAACUCAUUCUUACAGCCUGUCCUCACCACAUGCAGGCGUCAGAUAUCAUGUUGUGUCGUGUCGCGGCGGACGCCGCAUCCGUCAAAUACACACUUCUGUUACAUCGCCCUCAAUAACUAUUUUCUAUUUUUCUAUGUUUGCACUCCAUCAGCAGAAAAGCUGGGCAGCCACCAGUGUCAAAGGAAAUAAAGGCUCAAUAGUUCAGUCAUGGGUAUGAAAAUGACUUAUGCAUCAGUAUUUCCACUUUGAAAAACAAGCUAACAAGCUCAGAUCAGCAAAAAGCAAAAGACAAUCAAGCAAUAUUUUCUCACUGGACACUUUCUGGGCCUUGACAACCCCCUCCAGUCAGCUGCUAAGAUUUUUGUUGUGAGUUAAGUAGGAAUACACCUGAUCAUUAUAAAUUAAUCCCUAACUCUGGGACCAAAACAGCACAUUGAACUGCAUCACUCAGUGUUUCCUGGCAAUUUCGUCCCCCUUAGAAAGAAAGAAUGUAAUCAAGCUGAUUUAGUCACCAACGCCCACGCAUGUCAUGUACACUUAGGACCCGGUGUUACUGAACAGUCAAUAUCAAUGCUGCUCAAGCUGCAGUUAACACAUGCAUGCAAAUGUAAACACUAUAAAAUAAAUCCCCACUGACAAGCAGGGAGAAAAAGCAGCUUGAAGUAUUUAGUUGCUCUACAGAGUUUCUGGGCUUCUUAGUUAUGUAAAAAAGAAAAACACUUUUUUAAGUUCUUUAUAAAUGUGCAACAACAGGUCAUAUUCAAUAAAAAUAAUUUUAGGAACUAAUAUUAUUAAAGCUCCUGUUGUCAAUGAUUAGAGUUGAAGAUUCAAUGAACAAAAUUCCAAAAAGGUAAAUAACAAAAAUCUUAAAGUCCAACAAAAAUGCAAAAUGACAAACCACCAAACUGAAAACAGUGGGAAACAAAAAAGCAACACUGGAGCACUAAGAGAAUCACACACAGACUUACACAAAGACAAAGAAUCAACACAGAAGGAGGGAAAGACGGAGACUAUAUACACACUAGGAAACAAACAACAGGUGGGAAAGACGAGACACGGGUGAAAUUAAGGUCAAAAAAGGAGAGAAAACCAAGAAAGUUAAACUGGGCUUGACACACAGGGGAAUAGGAUAACAAAAUAAAACAGGAAACAUUCAGAAAUGAUCAACGAUGCGCACAGAGAGCAGGAGCACAAUGGAAAAAAACUCUAAAAAUGACUCUUAAACAUGAAAAAAUGAGCAAACUGCACAAACAAGAACAUCAGACAUUCAAAAUCACAAUAAAAAAACUGUCAGUCUUGUCCCUGAUGGCAUGUUUGCUUCUUGAUAUCAUUAAAAGACACCAGUAUGGUGUUUUGUCCAUUUCAUGAAUGUCAGAAAACUGCACAGGAGCUUUAAAGCCCUUUUUGUGUGUAUUUAUGCUUUCCAAGAUUUAAGAAUGAUGGGGAACAAACCAAGUGUUGGUACACAAGUGUCAUACCUGUGAAAUAUUAGCUUUAGCGCAAGGACAGUAAAAGUGCAACCUUCAUCAUAUAUUUGUUCCUGUAUUCACCAUUACAGCGCAGAUUUGGAGCUCUGACUCAUCAGACUGUUUUUGAACUUAAAUCGUUUCUCUGAAGUACAAUUGUUGUGGAGGGAUUGCUUUAUUUUAGCUUAAAAUGCUAAAGGAAGCUAACACUUAGUAGAUGGCAUUUCCUCUCAUUGACGAAAAGAGUCUUUUCCCUAAAGAGCAAACAGCUGAAUAUGUAAAUAUAAUGAUUUUCUACAGCUUCACAAAAAGACUGAGACACAGUUUGAUUACUUUUUAUUAUACCCCACAUGAUCAUCUUUCUGCCUAUCUAAAAAAUGAGAUUUCAUAACUUCUACACUCAUUAUCCUGAUAAGCGUUGAUGAGCGCACUGGGAGCUGAUAAGAGCAGGAAAACAUAUGUUCUCUAGAGGCUGUAAUGUUUUACCCGUUCAACAUGCAGGCCGAUCUCAUCCCAGGAAUUUUGUAAUUACUGUCAUCUCCCUCUUCCUCUUUUGUUCUCAUGACUUCAAUAAAAAAAGGCAGUAAUGCAGCACAACAAAGACGCUGCUUUUAAAAAAUACUAGAAAGAAGUCCUCAAACUUUUCGUGUAACCUUUGGAUAAGAAACUCUUUGUGGAGUUUCACCCCACCGCCUCAAAGGCAUCUGAUGUAAUCGAAUCAUGUCUGGACUGCUGAACCAGAGUGGGGACUCAGAUACAAACAACCAGCACUGGCUUUUUGGAUCCUUCAGGCGUGUUUACACUGGAUAACUACACACUUUCAGCUUGUUUGUUUGAUUUAUUUCAUGUUGUAGAUUUUAAACCUCUCAGAUGUAACAUUUGAAAACAACUAUGACAGACAGGCUGGGUGGUUUCCCUCUGUAUCACUUCCCACCAUCAACCCUUGGAGCUUGCUCUGUGAACCUGCCUGUCUAACUCUUACAGACUAAUGUUGGCUUCACACGCCCUCUCAGUCUCAGUGUUUUUACAUAUUGCAGCUAUUAGCAAACUAAUUGUUUGUUUUUGAUCACAGUGCAUGUAAAAUGUCAUUUUGUCUUUUAUUCCAUGUGGCCUCACUUUUACCUCUCCUCCUCUCUCCAGAGGUUCAUGCCAUGCUUGACGCCUUCCUUCCUCCCAACUCUUAUUUUCGCUUCAACCCUUACUUGAGCGAAGACAUCUCUAUGGAUGAGAACCGGCAGGAGAAGCUGAACAUGCUGCAGGCCGAGGGUGUCCGAUAUCUGGAGAGGAAUGAGGAGAAGCUGAAGAGGGUCGCCGGAAUCCUUAAUCGAGAGAAAAGCUCCGUGCAGAGGAUAGCUGAGUGGGCCAAGCUCAGAGCAGACAUGUACAACAGUCUGCCCUUCUACUCCUCAAAGUUAUAGGUCCAACAUGAGCCACCUUUACCUCAGAUAGAAACUCUUCUUUCAUUCUUAAUAGCCUAGAACAUAACCAGUUAUCAUAAUUGGUGUCAUAGCUGUUGUUCUCCUGACCUAUAGCCCUGAAGAACAUUGUGUAAACACACUAUUGGGUAAUUUUCUCAACAUGCCAAACACUACCUUCCUCUUCAUUCAUGCAUCUGGUGGCCAUUUUGGUUGGAAGCACUUGACUUUGCACUCUGAAGCACUCAAAUAAGAUGUGUCAAAUGACACUGUGGAUGAUUUAAGAAACUCCUUAAAUCCAAAUUAAAUUCUGUCGGCCGUUAACACAAACGCAUCUUGAAGAAAUAGUUUUAGAAAUGUAGGAAAUACACAAAAGCGAGUAUGAGCUGCUUCAGGAGCAGGUUAGCUCAGCUUAGCUUUAGAAAUGGCAUCCUGUUUUCAGACUUUAGGCUAAGCUAAGCUAACUAGCUGCUCGCUCUCUAGCUCACAGAUAUAAGAUAAGAUAUUUCUUUAUUAGUCCCACAGGAGCAAAUUCCUGAUAUGUGGGCGGCACUGACCGUUUAAUGUAACUUAAAGCAGAUGAGUUUAUAUCUAAAAAUGUCAAACUACUUCUUCAAAAAGCAGAGUACUGUAACGGUCUGCAUCGGCCAGUUACGUUUUCUCAUGACAAGCACUUAGUAACCUCUGGCUUUCUUUUUAAAGCUCGAUAAUGAAAGCCAGUAUUUCUUCACAUACGUGUCUGUACUUUCACAGGAAAGGGAUGUGUAAUUGAGAAGCUUUAUUGUGAAGUGUUAACAAAAGAAACUGUCUAAUCAGGCGCCUAAUGUAAGUGACAUAUCAAAAUUGUUUUGACAAAAAUUUGCACAUGUAAAAAUGCAGCUACUGGUUCACUGUGUUAUUUUAUGUAGGAUAAAAUGACAUCGGUACAUAAGGGUCCACUGCAGGGCUUUCAGCAGUGCACAUGUUGUAUGUAAAUGCUUGUUAUAAAAGUUAAAAUGGUAGCUUUAUCAUGAAAAUAGCAGGAUAUCUACCUUAUAAUACAAGAAGAGGGAUUUAAAAUGUUGCUGCUGUAUUUUAUUUUAAUUUAUCUAUGAUAAUUAAUGGAAUAAGAGAUAUACUACAGACAUAAUGAUCCAAUAGGAGCCUGGUUGUCAUAACAGUGUACCUUUUAUGUAUUAUUUUAGCCUCAGAGUAUUUUAAGUUCACAUGUUUCAAACACUUUUAUGGUUGGUAUGCUCGAUUGUUUGGCUUUAUGGAUUCCCCACAGGCUAGGUACAUUUUCUGCUUCGUCUUCAGUGUGCCCUCUUUCCCUUUGAUGCCUCUUCUCAGAAGCUUCUACCACCCUUUCUACCUUGAAGUGCAGCAUUUUGUUCCCUACUCUGCUGCACGGUAACAUCUGUUUGGUUACUGCAGCUGUUAUUGAAAGGACAGGUUACAACAGAUUGCUGCAAAGUGGUUUGUUUUGGUGGGAAAUUAUCUUAAUGUUAUACAGUAUACUGUAAAAGAAAAAAAAAUGCACUGUAGACAUUCAUUUCUUUGCCAAACCUGGUCAAGUACUGUAAAUACAACACCAUGUCGGUCACUCCCAGAGGGUCUAAAUACGGCAAACUACCCACGGAUUCAUGUAAUUCCUCUGUUCUGUUGGUCCAGACUGUUUGAGAGUGUUUGUAAUUAAAACCCAUCACCAAAC